AUGAUCCUUGAUGAAAUAAUUGAUAGAAAAUCAAGCACUAGCAUAAUUCGCAUAGAUUCUGCAAUGGUAUUCUCCCGUGAUAUCUCAGCAAUAAGCGUUAAAAUUCAUUUCAAAAGGGAAAGUAGUCUUUUGGACACUGGAAUAACUUUAUGCAUCAUCCUUCUUAAUAAUGAAAAUGGAAAGUUUAGUACAGCUGCAUUUGAUAUCAAGAAUUGUCGCAGUAGUGAAAACUUAUGUCAUACGGGUAAGCAGCAAUCACCAAUUCUUAUUGAUGCGAAUAGAAUCGAACAAGAAAAUGGAACUGAAAAAAUCUUCAAACUUAUCGGUUUUAAUAACGACGAAACAAUUUAUUUCCGUACUCUCAACUUUUAUUCCACAGAACGUUAG